AAAAGAGAAAAGAAAUAAAAUACACUCUUUCUCUCUCUCACACUGUUAUUGGUAGCUUUUUCUGUUUUCUCUGGACUUUCUCCCAAAACAAACAAAACCCAAAGAAAGGGCACCAAAACCAACAUCCCCAAACUGGUAAGUGAAAAGAAAGUAGUAGUAAACACCGUCAACCAAUCCCUACCCCUUCAUUUCUUUCCCUCUGAUUGGUGGGAAUUUUUCUCUCUUUUUCUCUGUUGGUUUGGAUCUGGGAAAAUUCUUCUCUCUUUCCUUUAACUAGGGUUUCUCUCUGAUUCCUCUCUAAAUUUGGUAAAAUGUCUCCAGUGUCACCCUCCACAUGUCCCUCUUUCGCUUUUAGUUAGCAACCCAUUUCUUCUCUUUAUAUGCUGGUUUGUUCCCUGUGUUAAAACUAGCAGAAAGAUUCAGAAAAGACUGAUCUUUUCUUCGUUGUUUAGCUCUUUAUCGUUUAUUACUUGAGUAAAGAAAAUGGCUAGAGAGAAGAUUCAGAUCAAGAAGAUCGAUAACGCCACCGCGAGGCAGGUAACAUUUUCCAAACGCCGAAGAGGGCUUUUCAAAAAAGCUGAGGAGCUUUCCGUCCUCUGCGAUGCUGAUGUUGCUCUUAUCAUCUUCUCCUCCACUGGCAAGCUCUUUGAGUACUGCAGCUCCAGCAUGAAGGAAAUACUAGAAAGGCAUAACUUACACUCAAAGAAUCUUGAGAAGCUGGAGCAGCCAUCUCUUGAGUUGCAGCUGGUAGAGAACAGCAACCGCUCCAGGUUAAGCAAGGAGGUUGCAGAGAAAAGCCAUCAACUAAGACAAAUGAGGGGAGAAGAGCUCCAAGGAUUAAACAUAGAACAGUUGCAGCAGCUAGAAAAGUCUCUUGAGGUUGGAUUAAGCCGUGUGAUUGAAAAGAAGGGAGAGAAAAUUAUGAAUGAAAUCAGUGAACUUCAAACAAAGGGAAGGAAAUUAAUGGAAGAGAAUGAACGGCUACGACAAGAAGUCAUGGAGAUAUCCAACUGCCGAAAACAGACCAUUGCUGAUUCAGAGAAUGUGGUUUAUGAGGAAGGGCAGUCUUCAGAGUCUGUAACCAAUGUCUGCAACUCUAAUGGCCCCCCACAUGACUAUGAAAGCUCCGACACAUCACUCAAGUUGGGGUUACCAUAUAAUGGCUAAAUGGGGAAGCUCAAAGGAGAAUGUUGAUCUACAAAUGAAGAGAGAACCAUAGUUUUUAUAGUUAAAAAGUGACUUUUUAUGUUGUUGGGUAUAAAUUUGUAUUCCUAACCUCACUGCUUUACUGCACUGUUACCGUGGACAUGAAGCCACUGUACGCUGUUAUUAAGAAGCUUCUAUUUAUAUGUAUAAAUUCACCUUCUCUUAGCGAAAUUUGGAAGGUGGAUUCUAUAUUUCCAAGA